AUGGAGAAUGCCGAGAAUGAUCAGGAGCGCAAGGCUCGUAAGCGGGCACAGAACCGGCUGAAUCAGAGAGCACGGAGGGAACGCUUGAGGAGAGAGAAUGAAGAUAGGAACGGGCCAGGCAAACGACCUUAUCGAGUUGACCGUUGGAGGAUCGGUACCGACGCAAACACCGAAGAAGAACUCAAGACUGCUUCAGCCCAGGAUAUGGCGCUGUCCAGAGAAGAAAAAGAGUCGCCAUCGCAGCAACUUAUCAUAGCAAACCAAUCUAGCUACAACAGCGGCGUAGUCAUCUCUGUUGACCAUCGCCUUCUUCAUCUCAUCAGCUACAAUGUUUGCAGAGGCAUGAUGACCAACAAGAAAAUGAUGAGGCUGUUUGCAGAGUUCAUCAUGGCAUUCGACUUCCCAACAUUAGAACCCCAAUCAAAGACAUACUGCGACAUUGCUGUCGUUCGACCUCUUGACCGAGAACAUCUACCACUACCAACUCGCCUGGAACCAACUCAGAUUCAGAUGAACUCGCCGCAUCCUUGCUGGAUCGAUAUCCUACCGUUCCCAGAUCUUCGAGAUAAUCUCAUUCGGAAGCAACUCACAUAUGAUCACAUACAAUUUCUGGAGGAUUUGGUCGGCGAUUUCGUGUACAUUUUACCUCCUGCGGUGCCGUCAUCAAGGUGCGUUGCACCGCCGCUCAAAAGGCUAGAAGGAGGAUAUCAACCAAAGGAAAGUGCUGGAAUGAUCUUAUGGGGCGAGCCGCACCUCAGUGAGAGCUGGGAAGUUACUCCAAGCUUCAUGGCGAGAUGGUCAUGGUUAAUUGGGGAGUGCAAGGAUCUUGUUCGAGUUUCCAACAACUGGAGACAGAGUCGAGGGGAACAGCCACUUCGGUCAGUUCGUGUUUCUUGAGUAGGAAUUGGAUAUAAAAAGGAGGAAAUGCAAAAAGACGAACUUGAUGAGACUGGGACUCGAACCCAGGAGGAUUGCUCCACCAGGAAUUGGUGUUAAGGUUGACCUUAACCUGGCGCCAUAACCAACUCGGCCAUCUCACCGAUUUGCUUGAUGACAAAGCAUUUAUUGGACUUGUUGACCAGCACACGGCACAAUGCUCAUGUCUUCUGUUGAAGUACUCCCUAAUUGUAUUUGUGAGAAAUUGUUCUAAUCAAGAUAGCAUUCAAUCACUAUCUGAGACUUUGCUCGUGAAGUCAGGAAUCGAUCGUGGCGUGACUAGCCCCA